UAUUGAUCGAAAAAGUCAAAAUCUGAACUCUCUUAGUUUAAUGAGAAAAUCACGUGACGAAACGAUUUAGUGAUUUUCAAGUGUCGUUAGAUCUUAUUAAAACUUAAUACGUAUGAUCUGUCUUGGCGUAGCAUGAAGGAGUAGACAGAGAGCAAGUGGGAGAAAGAAAGAAGGUUCCAUUGAUCGAUCAUGUGCGUCUUUGAACCCUAAUAAGCUCUUUAAAUACAUCAUAACGCUCCAAUUCGAACAAACAUUGAAACAAAGCCAAAAGAAAAUGUUGUAUCUAUUCUCUGUUGUUUUUACCUUUCUUGCACUUUUUCUCAUCCCUGGUCUCUUCAUCUCUCGGCGACUAAGAGUUCCUUUGUCCUUGACAAACAUCCUAAGAUUCAUCAAAAUCACAGCUUCUAAAUACGAUGAUGAGGAAGAAAGGAACGACAAACGUGAUGCAAUGGGAGAGAAAGAGAAACGAGCGAGCAAUAGAAAAAUGCCAAAGCAUGUGGCCGUUAUAUUGGACGGAAACAGACGUUGGGCAGAGAAACGAGGACUUGGUACAUCCGAAGGCCACGAGGCCGGAGCUAGAAGGCUAUUGGAGAAUGCUAAGGAUUGUUUCGCAAUGGGGACAAAUACUAUCUCACUCUUUGCUUUCUCCACCGAAAAUUGGGAAAGACCAGAGGAUGAAGUUAAAUGCUUGAUGGCCUUGUUUGAGAAACACUUUAGGGCUGAGAUGCCUUUCUUCCAAAGAGAUAAGAUCAAGAUCUUAGUUAUCGGGAACCGUGCAAAAAUCCCUGAGUCGCUUCGAGGUUUGAUAGAAGAGGUAGAGGAAGCUACAAAGAGCUACGAAGGGAAGAAUCUCAUUAUAGCAAUAGACUAUAGUGGAAGAUUUGACAUCUUACAAGCAUGCAAAAGUCUUGCAACAAAAGUGAAAGACGGGCUGAUUCAAGUGGAGGACAUCAACGAGGAGGCGAUGGAGAAAGAGUUGUUGACAAAGUGUAGCGAAUUCCCAAACCCUGACCUGUUGAUCAGAACAAGUGGAGAGCAAAGGAUCAGUAACUUCUUCUUAUGGCAAUCUGCUUACACUGAGCUUUACUUUCCAACUGUUUUGUGGCCUGAUUUUGGCGAAGCUGAGUAUCUUGAGGCCUUGACUUGGUAUCAACAAAGGCAGAGGCGAUUCGGUCGACGAGUUUAAAUUUUUGAAUCUCACUAAUCAAAUGUUCAAAUGAUGCAAUAGUACGUACGUAGUGGUACUAUUGUUUUCAUGGGACCUAAAUAUUUGUCUUCUUCUUUUUUUUUACUUUCAAUAAAAUUCAUAAUAGAAACUAUCAUAUAGAUGUAUGUCAAGUGUUAUCUUGUA